AUGGGGGGCAGCAAAUUGGGCCAUUUGAUCUCAUCGCUGUGUCCAUGGAGACUACAGCAUAAGUGCGUUGUGUAUUUGUGGGAUAAUUUGCAUAUCCUCUCUCUCCUCUUCUUCCUCUCUCUCCUCCUCUCCCUCUCUCUCCUCCUCUUCCUCUCUCUCUUCCUCUCUCUCCUCCUCUCCCUCUCUCUCCUCCUCUCCCUCUCUCUCCUCCUCUUCCUAGCUCCUCCUCUCCCUCUCUCUCCUCCUCUUCCUCUCUCUCCUCCUCUCCCUCGCUUUCCUCCUCUCCCUCUCUCUCCUCCAAUUCCUCGCUCCUCCUCUCCCUCUUUCUCCUCCUCUUACUCUCUCUCCUCCUCUUACUCUCUCUCCUCUUCCUCUCUCUCCUCCUCCUCUCUCUCCUCUUCCUCUCUCUCCUCCUCUUCCUCUCUCUCCUCUUCCUCUCUCUCUCUCUCCUCUUCCUCUCUCCUCCUCUUCUUCGCUCCUCCUCUUCCUCUCUCUCCUCUUCCUCUCUCUCCUCCUCUUCCUCUCUCCUCCUCCUCUUACUCUCUUCUCCUUUCCCUCUCUCUCCUCCUCUUACUCUCUCCUCCUCUCCCUCUCUCUCCUCCAAUUCCUCGCUCCUCCUCUCCCUCUUUCUCCUCCUCUUACUCUCUCUCCUCCUCUUACUCUCUCUCCUCUUCCUCUCUCUCCUCAUCCUCUCUCUCCUCUUCCUCUCUCUCCUCCUCUUCCUCUCUCUCCUCUUCCUCUCUCUCUCUCUCCUCUUCCUCUCUCCUCCUCUUCUUCGCUCCUCCUCUUCCUCUCUCUCCUCUUCCUCUCUCUCCUCCUCUUCCUCUCUCCUCCUCCUCUUGCUCUCUCCUCCUCUCCCUCUCUCUCGUCCUUCUUGUAAGAGAAGGUGAUGAAAUUUGUGUUUGUCCGUCAUUAGACAGUAGCCAAGAGCCCUCUGCUGAGCCCUCAGCCGAGAGCCAUCAACCGAGAGUCAUCAGCCGAGCCGUCAGCAAAGUGAUCAGCCGAGCCUUCAGCUGCCAGUCUAUUAACAGACACGCAGCUCUAACAGCAUAUGGCACUCUCUCUGGAAGAUGCAAAUUCAUACAGGGAGAGGGUCCCAGCUACGACAACACACACACACACACACACACACACACACACACACACACACACACACACACACACACACACACACACACACACACACACACACACACACACACACACACACACACACACACACACACACACACACACACACACACACUCACUCAGAAAUUCAUUACCUAACAUUGAGAUGUAUGUAAUUGUAGGACUAAGAGCGUGGCAAGGCUUGAUCCCAUAUUGUCCUCCGCCAUGAUGUUCAACUACACUGUUACAUCAGUAAUUCUCUCUACAGCAAUACACACAAUGUCAUCAGGUCCCCUGUGUAGUACUCUCUAUAACAAUACACACAAUGUCAUCAGGUCCCCUGUGUAGUACUCUCUAUAACAAUACACACAAUGUCAUCAGGUCCCCUGUGUAGUACUCUCUAUAACAAUACAUACUAUAUCAUCAGGUCCCCUGUGUAGUACUCUCUAUAACAAUACACACAAUGUCAUCAGGUCCCCUGUGUAGUACUCUCUAUAACAAUACAUACUAUAUCAUCAGGUACCCUGUGUAGUACUCUCUAUAACAAUACAUACUAUAUCAUCAGGUCCCCUGUGUAGUACUCUCUAUAACAAUACACACAAUGUCAUCAGGUCCCCUGUGUAGUACUCUCUAUAACAAUACAUACUAUAUCAUCAGGUACCCUGUGUAGUACUCUCUAUAACAAUACAUACUAUAUCAUCAGGUCCCCUGUGUAGUACUCUCUAUAACAAUACAUACUAUAUCAUCAGGUACCCUGUGUAGUACUCUCUAUAACAAUACAUACUAUAUCAUCAGGUCCCCUGUGUAGUACUCUCUAUAACAAUACACACAAUGUCAUCAGGUCCCCUGUGUAGUACUCUCUAUAACAAUACAUACUAUAUCAUCAGGUCCCCUGUGUAGUACUCUCUAUAACAAUACACACAAUGUCAUCAGGUCCCCUGUGUAGUACUCUCUAUAACAAUACAUACUAUAUCAUCAGGUCCCCUGUGUAGUACUCUCUAUAACAAUACACACAAUGUCAUCAGGUCCCCUGUGUAGUACUCUCUAUAACAAUACACACAAUGUCAUCAGGUCCCCUGUGUAGUACUCUCUAUAACAAUACACACAAUGUCAUCAGGUCCCCUGUGUAGUACUCUCUAUAACAAUACACACAAUGUCAUCAGGUCCCCUGUGUAGUACUCUCUAUAACAAUACACACAAUGUCAUCAGGUCCCCUGUGUAGUACUCUCUAUAACAAUACACACAAUGUCAUCAGGUCCCCUGUGUAGUACUCUCUAUAACAAUACAUACUAUAUCAUCAGGUCCCCUGUGUAGUACUCUCUAUAACAAUACAUACUAUAUCAUCAGGUCCCCUGUGUAGUACUCUCUAUAACAAUACAUACAAUAUCAUCAGGUCCCCUGUGUAGUACUCUCUACAACAAUACAUACUAUAUCAUCAGGUCCCCUGUGUAGUACUCUCUAUAACAAUACAUACUAUAUCAUCAGGUCCCCUGUGUAGUACUCUCUACAACAAUACAUACAAUAUCAUCAGGUCCCCUGUGUAGUACUCUCUAUAACAAUACAUACUAUAUCAUCAGGUCCCCUGUGUAGUACUCUCUAUAACAAUACAUACUAUAUCAUCAGGUCCCCUGUGUAGUACUCUCUAUAACAAUACAUACAAUACAUACUAUAUCAUCAGGUCCCCUGUGUAGUACUCUCUAUAACAAAAAACAUUCAGUUUUACCGGUCAGGUAACUUAUGGCUUCUUUCCCACAACCAAUGUGAAACGAAACACAUACGUUCCUAUAACUUCCAAAGAACCAAAUGUUCUAGCUGGGAGGUGUCUGGUCCCUAAAGACCCUACACCUCUCUCCUUACACUCCUCCUCAUCCCUCAUUCCCUCAUUCCCUCUCUCCUUACACUCCCCUCCUUAUCCCCUCCUCAUCCCUCGUUCCCUCUCUCCUUACACUCUCUUCCUUAUCCCUCCUCCUCAUCCCUCGUUCCCUCUCCCUUACCCUCCCCUCCUUAUCCCUUGUUCCCUCAUCCCUCGUUCCCUCUCUCCCUACACUCCCCUCCUUAUCCCCCCUCCUCAUUCCUCGUUCCCUCUCUCCUUACACUCCCCUCCUUACCCCUCCUCCUCAUCCCUCCUUCCCUCGUUCCCUCAUUCCCUCUCUCCUUCUCUUCUCCCUGUCCAAGUUGUAAGCUGUCCAGCACUUGUCUGCCAACAGCUCUGUGAAGACCAGCCAAACUAAACAGG